AUGGGUUUGCCCGGGCUCCUCCUGCCCGUCCUGCUGGUCGCCCUCCUGCGGGGGGCGGCCGAUGGCAGCCCAGGGCGGCCGGCGGCCGGCGGGGAGCGAGCGGCGUCGGGGAGGCCGGCUGCUUCCCACGAGGAGGCGGCGCUCCCUUCCGCGCCCUGGGGCCGAUCGGCCGAGGGGGCCCUGCUGGCCCGCCGGCUCGCCCGGGAGGUGCCCCGGGACGUCGCCUCUUUCCUCUCCACGGGGGACCCGCGGGAGCUGCGGCGGGCCAACUGCACCGGGCGGUACGAGCUGGCCGGCUGGGCCGGGAAGGCGCGCCUGGCCUCCCACCCUGCCUUGCACGGGGCCCUGGGCACCCUCGUCCACGCCGCCAACUUUCUCAACGCGAUCCUGCAGGGCAAUGCGUCCCGGGAGCAGAACUUGCAGGAGGACCUGGAGUGGUACCAGGCGCUGAUCCGGAGCCUGCUGGAAGGGGAUCCCGACGUCUCCAGGGCGGCCAUCUCCUUCAACCUGGAGCCCUUGUCCUCCGCCCCGCAGGUCUUCCUUCAGGCCAGCCGGCAGGGCAGCCAAAUCCUGCUCCAGGACUUGUCUUCUGUGGCCCAUCGUCUGGCCAACGCCUCCGAGGAGACCGAGUGGUUCCACAGCUUGAAGCGAAAGUGGAGGCCGCACCUCCACCGGAAGGUGGUGGCUCCUGGUUCUAAGGCUUUGGAGAACAGCUGGAGGAAGAGGGAUGGUUACCCGGCGGAGAAGAACCACAUCAAGUGGUCUUCGCCCUACUUGGAGUGUGAGGAUGGAAACUACAGACCCGCCUGGCUGGUGACUCUCUCUGCAGCUUUUUAUGGGUUGCAGCCGAACCUCCACCCUGAAUUCAGGGGUGUUGUGAAAAUGGACAUCAACCUACAGAAAGUGGACAUUGACCAAUGUUCAAGUGAAGGGUGGUUUUCCGGAACUCACAAAUGCCAUUUAAAUAACUCUGAGUGUAUGCCAAUUAAAGGUCUUGGAUUUGUGCUGGGAGCCUACAAAUGCAUUUGCAAGGCCGGAUUCUAUCAUCCCGAAAUAUUUUCAGUGAACAGCUUUCAGAGGAAAGAUUCAGCCAGCCGUUUUUCUGGAGGCGAGAUGACUGAGGAAGUCUACACGUGCUUGCCCUGCAGGGAAGGAUGUUCGUACUGUACAGACGAUACUCCCUGCUAUGCACAAGAAGACAAGUACUUACGACUUGCUAUCAUCUCAUUCCAAACUUUCUGUAUGCUGUUGGACUUCAUAAGCAUGCUACUGGUCUACCGUUUCCGCAAAGCAAAGUGCAUCCGGGCAUCGGUUCUCAUUCUUUUGGAGACUAUCCUGUUUGGAUCGCUACUUCUUUAUUUCCCGGUUAUCAUUUUAUAUUUUGAACCAAGUGUAUUUCGCUGUGUUCUCCUACGAUGGGUCCGUCUUCUGGGAUUUACUACUGCUUAUGGGACGAUUACACUCAAACUGCACAGGGUUUUGAAAGUAUUCCUGUCUCGAACUGCUCAACGAAUCCCAUAUAUGACAGGUGGGCGUGUGAUGAGGAUGCUGGCUGUUAUUCUCCUGAUAGUGGCUUGGUUCCUAACAGGCUGGACCUCUGCAGUUUGCCAAAACCUGGAGAGGAAUAUUACAAUAGUCGGUCAAGGCCAAACAUCAGACCACCUGAUCUUCAAUAUGUGUUUGAUAGACCGUUGGGAUUAUAUGAUGGCUAUUGCUGAGUUUUUAUUCCUCCUGUGGGGUGUUUAUCUCUGCUAUGCAGUGCGGACGGUGCCUUCCGCAUUCCAUGAGCCCCGGUAUCUGGCUGUUGCUGUGCACAAUGAGCUCAUUAUCUCGGCUGUAUUCCAUACACUUAGGUUUAGUCUUGCCUCAAAACUCCAGCCUGAUUGGACACUAAUGCUGUUCUUUGCACAUACACAUUUGACUGUGACAGUGACUAUUGGACUACUUCUGAUCCCAAAGUUUUCCCAUUCAAGCAAUAAUCCACGAGAUGAUAUCGCCACUGAGGCUUUUGAAGAUGAGCUUGACUUGGGCAGAUCUGGAUCCUAUUUGAACAGCAGUAUCAAUUCAGCUUGGAGUGAGCAUAGCUUGGACCCAGAAGACAUCAGGGAUGAAUUGAAGAAGUUGUAUGCACAGCUGGAAAUUUACAAGAGGAAAAAAAUGAUUACCAACAAUCCACAUCUCCAAAAAAAGAGGUGCUCGAAAAAGGGCUUAGGUCGUUCGAUCAUGCGCAGAAUUACUGAAAUUCCUGAGACGGUCAGCAGGCAAUGCUCACGGGAGGAAAAGGACCUUGUGGAUCAUGGGGUUACAAAAAGUGCUACUCUGGCAAGAAAAAACCCACCAGAUUCCACAGGACACAUCAAACCAAAGGAGGAUUCUUUGAGAAACAGAGUCUUCUCGCUAAAAAAGUCUCACAGCACUUAUGACCACGUUCGAGAUCCCACGGAAGAAUCUAACAGCUUAGCUACAGAAAGUGUGGAAGUCAUGACAGCUACAGAGAAUUCUCUGAUGGACUCCCUCCCUGGGAAAAAAACAGCCCAAAAAGCCCCGGAAAAAGUGGAAGCCGUGUCCACUGAAAACGUCCCUUUGGUGUGCAAAUCCCUGAGCGCCCACAACUUAAGUGCGGAUAAGAAACCACUCCACCCAAGAACAUCUGUGCUACAGAAAUCUCUUAGUGUUAUUGCCAGUGCCAAGGGGAAAACGCUGGGGUUAUCAGGGAAAACACAACAUGAAGAAAGUGGCAAAUCCCAUAAGUCUCAACCAAAGGGCAAGGAUGCGAGCAAAAAGCACUCGAGCUCUGAUAAAAGUGAGCAUAAAGAUUCGCACCGGAAAAAUUCGUCCCACACAGAGGAGUCAAAGAAGCCUCAUAAAUCUGGAAUAAUGAAGCAACAACGAGCCAGUCAGGUGACUGAAAAUUCUGAUGGAGGCUCGGUUAAGAUGCUGUCCAAGGAUGGCAUUGAUAUAGAAGAAGUUUGUCCUUGGGAAAUGUAUGACCAUUACCCAGGCACUGGUCUUUCUGAGUCGAAAGUUCAAAAGCACGUUUCCAUUGCUUCCUCUGAAUUUGAGAAACCUCAUCCUUCCCAGCCAAAGGGCAAAACUCAUCAGAAGACUGCAGAAGGGCAUCAGCCUUCCAACCAAAAGAGCACAGAUAGGUAUGAAGUAUGCCCUUGGGAGAACCAAGAAGAACAAGGGGCAGAAAAUGAGGAAAAACAUUUGAGUGCCAAGGGUCAGGGAGCUCUUGGGGUGAAAGGCGAGGCUGCUAAUUUACAUUCUGCAGCCAAGAUUUGUGCUGGAGAGCCCAAGGAACUGCCCUCCAAAGCAGCAGCACAGCCCGCAGAACAAGAUUAUAUCAAUAAACUGAGAGAUCAGGCCAAAAACGCCUCUUCCUCUCCAGCAGGGAAUGCACUUCCCUCCGAUUCCAUUCGGUCAGCAACUAGUAACUCCCAGCCAGCUUUAACAUCUCACGUGGACGUCUGCCCUUGGGAGUACGAGACGCCAGAAUUUCUGAAAGCAGAAAGAAGUAUAGCUUUAUCGAACACAACCAGUUUAAGUUCAAAUAAAACAGCAACCCAGCAGAAAUAGGAGUGCUUA